ACGAAGGACUACUUGUACGUUAGUGACCCGUGUCUAUAUAUCACACGUGAUAAAAUACAUUUUACAGUUGAUUCAAAUCUUUAUAUCAAGUACUAAGUUAAAUAUCAAUUGUCCAUUAGUUAAUUGAACGGAGUAAAAAGGAUAAACUUUUUUUUAUUUUGCAGUGAUAGUGAAUAAUUCUUGUGUAGUGGAAUUGAAAUAGUAAACAAUAUAUUUUAAAUAUUUGUUGCAAAAAAACAUUUCUCAUAAAUUACAUAGUUGUUUAAAUAUUCGUUUAUAAUAAUUAUCACUCUUAUUAAUGGAUCCAAUUGUACUUGAAAACAACAGUGGGAUUGGUCAGCAGCAAACACAACAGCAACAAUAUGGUGAAGUGAACCAACUUGGUGGUGUAUUUGUAAAUGGUCGGCCUUUGCCAAAUGCCGUAAGACUUCGAAUAGUUGAAUUAGCUCAACUUGGUAUUCGACCUUGCGACAUAUCUCGUCAAUUACGUGUAAGCCAUGGGUGUGUUAGCAAAAUUUUAGCACGUUAUCAUGAGACAGGGAGUAUUUUACCUGGCGCUAUUGGUGGCAGUAAACCGAGAGUUACAACACCCAAAGUAGUACAAUAUAUAAAGCAACUGAAACUCAAAGAUCCAGGCAUAUUUGCGUGGGAAAUUCGAGAUCGACUGUUAUCCGACGGAGUUUGUGACAAAUAUAAUGUACCAUCGGUUUCAAGCAUUUCCAGAAUAUUAAGAAAUAAAGUGGGAACAAGUGGAGCUGCAAUGCAUCAUCAUCCACACCAUCCAGCUCAUCAUCAUCAUCACCAUCAUCACCUUUAUGCCGCUGCAGCAGCUGCAGGUGCCACUCUAUGUCCUGUACCAUAUCCUGCAACAUCGUAUCAUCCACCACCACCAGUUUCACAUCAUCACCAUCAUCACCAGGGUGAUCGUCUAGGUCUGACAUCGUCUGGUAAUAUCAAAUUAUCACCAUCUCCACCAACAACUGCAGGACAUCAAUUAAGUCCAUUGGGAUUGCAAUGGCCAAGUUCGCAUACAGUUCAUGACAUUUUGGCAACAGCUCUACCUACUUCUACUUCAAUCAAUCAAGUGGACAAUCAUCGAUGUGGCAAUAAUAGUCAAGAACAUAAUAAUAAUAAUAAUAACAAUAGUACCAAUAAUAAUAAUACAAAUAGUAAUAAUAAUAACAAUAGUAACACUAGUAAUAAUAGUACUAAUAGUAACGGAUGCAAUAAUAAUAAUAAUAAUAAUAAUAGUAAUAGUAGCAAUAAUAAUAGUAAUGAAACCAGUAAUGAUUAUCAUAAUCAUCACCAUCACCAUCAGCAGUAUUAUGCAUCCGCUUUGUAUCACCACCAUCAUCAUCAUCACCACCAUACAACGCCUGCGUUGUCCAUUCAACCAGUCAUCAUUCAAGCAACAAGUCAGCCCAGUAGCCCAUGCAAUUAACGAUAGUAUUUUUUGUUUAAUUAAUAUGUAUCUUUUUUUUAUUGAAAAAAAGUUGAAAGACCUUUCGCAUUAAUUGAUGCCACAAUAAAAGUUAUACAUUAUUUAAAUGAUGCAUAAGAAACAUCCAUUUACCUCACAUCAUUUCUUCAUUUAAUGAUAAUUAUAAAAGAUAAAUUAAAUGCUAUUUAAUACUUAUCGAAAUAAUUUAAAAUAAUUAUUUUACUUAAUGUAAUGAUCAAUAAGUAAUUUGACAGAGUAUACUCCAAUAUAUUUGUAGCUUUUUAGAAAUCAGUUAAUUUAUUGAAAAAAUUAAUCAAAGGAUCAUUUAAAAGUUUAAAAAUGGAUAUGUCAAUCAAAACCUGAAACUUUAAAUUUUUUUUUUACAAAUGAAUUAUUUUGAAAAAGUAUGGAUCAAAUUUUUUUCUUGACAUUUAUGAAUUUUCUGAGAAUAAGGGUCACACGUGGUAUUACUCAGACACUAUUCUGUAUGUCACGACGAUAGUUAAUGCAAUUUUGGUUAGUAUGUUUAAUUGAAAACGUAAGUUUUCUAAUUUUAUUCUUAUUUAUUUUUCGAAAACCUACCUAUCGUAAAAACAAAGAUACUACAAAACCACAAGAGCGACGAUAACUUUUAUUACGUAAUAUACAGGCUCAAUCGUAAGUAGUGAAAUGAUAUGAUUGAAUAAUGAAAAAGGGAUAAUCAAUAAAAGAAAAAUAAUAAUUGGAUUGUUUGAUAAUUAAAUGAUAUGGCAUAGUGUGUGUGUGUUGAAGCGUGCGAUAUAACUCUUGCGGCGCAAGUGUAAAGUAAGAAACGAAUUACAUUCGUUAUGGCCUCGAUCUGUCGAUCGAUCGUUUUACAAUCAUUCAUUUUAUACUCAAAUGCUAUUGUACAUUUCUUUCA